AAGCAGUUUGUCGUCACUCCGUUCGUGGCUCUCGAUCUGCACUUCUCCCACUAAGCAUUACGUUCGCUUCUCGACAGAGAUCGGUAGAACUUGGCUUUUAGAAUUCAUUUCCUCUCCCGUCAAAGGUUCCUUGCGACCACAGCGUCCACCGUCGAUCCGAUCCUCGUCCCCACGUCAACGAUCAGCCGCCUUUCGAUUUUGAGGGUCGAGGUUGCUCGACAUUUACUAAAGACCCCUUCUUGCUUCGAUAAAGCUUCGCAAAAUUGACCACUCUGGCCGUGCGAACCGCUCAACCUUUUUUUCUUCGUUGACGUCCGUUGUGGCCUUAUAGAGCUGGUUGAGAACCAUAGGAAAUGGCGACCGACUCGCGAAAUGACGUUGGGGUGAAAGAUAAUUCUCGCGUAGAUCCAAUCGACACUAGAGUCACGGCGGAUGAUUCUCAGGCUUCUGAUAACGAAAGUGGCGAGCGUCCUGUUCGCAACAAGCUCAAGGAGACGUCCAUCACCUCGGCCCCGAACCCUUCCACAACCGGCGCUUCUGCGGAACACGAGCAGAAUGGUGAGACUAGCCGAUCGAGUAGCAGGGGUAGAAAGCGGUCUUUCGACGAGGAUCAACCCGAGACUUUGGGUGAAGACAACGGCCAUAGACGGAAGAGGUCGCGCGACUCUAAGGUCGAUGAGGACGAAGACGUUUCCUCAUUGAAGGCGCCUGAAGUCCAACCGGCGCAGACUCACACCACGGCAGAUCCCACCGGAAAUAUCCUGAGCCCGAAGAAGAAAAGAAGUCGAGACCAGCUGGAUAAGGAUGAGCCGAAGGUUGACACCGUCGACAACUCUGAUAGUAAGACUUCUGUAGAGAAUGACACCUCCACCGAGGCGUCCGCAGGGGAGCCGGAAAAGAAGCGUCACAGGGACGCUUCCCAAGAAAGGGCACCUCUCAAGAGCGCAUUUGCGAACGCAUCUACUGUUUCACCAUUCGGCUCGCUUGGUGCCUCGAAGCCCAAGGACGAAUCCUCUAAACCAGCUGCUGUCACAUCCUCAUCUGCCUUUGCCUCUUCAAGCCUGGCCGCCUUUGCCGGCUCGGAGAAAUCGCCUUUCGGCGCCAUAGGGAGCUCCGCUACGUCCGUCUUCAAGUCACCAGCUACCACUGAAGCAACCAAACCAGCCACUACCGGAUUUGCAAGCGCUGCCGGCACUUCAGGAUUUGCGUCGCUAGGCUCUGGAUUCUCCGGCUUCAGCGGUGGCUUUGGGCCCGUUGGUUCAAAGGGUGGCCUCACUAGCUUCGCUGCGCCAGGUGGGCCCAGUGUUAUUGGCAGUUCUAGCAAGGACAAACCAUUUGGAGCGGAAGAAGAGGUUGUUGAAGAAGAGAAGGAUAAAGUAGCCGAUACGGCCCCUGGGGAAUUCGAGCAGGAGAAGACCGAUGAGAGGUUUUUCGAACGACCUAUUGAGACAGGGGAGGAGGAGGAAAAGACCUACUUUUCAAGCAAGGCUAAACUCUUCCAGUUCUCGAAUGGGGAGUGGAAGGAACGCGGAAUCGGUACCUUCAAGGUUAAUGUGAAAAUCACUGAUGGCGAAGAGGAUAAAAAGGCCACUCGCUUGAUCAUGCGUGCCGACGGUGUCUUGCGCGUUAUGCUAAACACCCCAAUCUUCACCGGUAUGACCGUAGGUGAUGCCUCGGGCAACGAACCCAAGUCCAAGCAGAUCCACCUAGCAAGUUUGGAGGAAGGCCGAUCGGUUCCUACCUUACUGAGGAUGCCAAGCGAAGACCUUGCCAAGGAGCUUUACCGUGUUGUGCGUGAGCUCCUGGAAUAUCAGUGAGCUGAAAUGAUAGAUUAGCAAAAUCCUCCGGACAUUGCUAUCCGGUCAUCGGAAGUCUUGGAACGUGGCUGUAUCACAUCUAGGGGGCCUUCAGUUUCGAAGGCGAGCAUCUACACACACACACAGAGCAGUAGAUUCAGAUGGGUUGGCAUUUUGCAUUUGGUGUGAGGAGUACGUGUGAUCUGGAGCGUUGGAUGGAGCCAUGGAUCAUGGCUGGCACUGGAUUCUCCUUCGACUUCUUUCUUUUUCUUUUUCUUUACUUAACUUUUGAAUAUACACCCACUGCAUUCAUUUCCUGUACAGUUACUCUAUUUCUUUAAUAAAGCCAUCUCCCAUUCUAA